AGCGGCACGACACAAGCCGCCUAGUCAAUUGCGGCUCUUGCUGCUCCGAAACUGCAAAGUCAUCUCCAAACGUUCAAGUCAUCGCGCAGCAGCAAAGUAUGUAGCAUACUAAAGGAACGGUAGUUUGCUUGUUUUUGGUCUUCAACAACCAACCCGUUCUGCACCAUCGAUAGCUCUACCAAUCCUCUCAUCGCAUACCAUGUCGAAAUCUGUCAUUAUCAUCGGGUGUGGUAUAGCCGGCCCAGUGCUAGCUAUGCUUCUCAAGCACAAGGGGUUCGAGCCUCACAUCUUCGAGCGUCUACCGGAAAUCCAAGUAGCGGGCAUCUCCCUGGGUGUAUCACCUCAGACCCUCAAAGUGCUCAAUAUCCUGGGUCUCGCGGAGAAACUCAUAGCUCUGGGCGAAUCGCUUGAUCAUUUCAGGACCUACUCCCAGCUUCGGGGCGAGCAACUCGGCACCUCCGAUAUACCCGCACGAGUUCGCGACUGGCUCGGAUGGCCGAUGCUCAUGAUAGCGCGCGUACGGUAUUGCCAGUUCCUGUACGACUCAGCUAAGGAACGCGGUAUCUCAAUCACAUUUAGCAGGAACCUUGUUGGGGUAAAACAAGAAGGCGAGAGGGUCAGAGCGAUAUUCGAGGAUGGGAGCGAGGCCGAGGGCGACCUUCUGGUGGGAUGUGAUGGUCUUCACAGUGCAGUACGCAACGCACUGUUUGGGAAGGACGAAAUCAAGUAUUCGAGGCUUGCCCAGAUCGGCGGGAUAUCUAUUACUCCUGAAAUCUUGAAGUCUCCUGUGCAUAUGGCUCACCAGUACUUGGGUGACGGCGUACACUUCGUCGCUACGCCGAUCGGUCACGAACAGAUGGCAUGGGUCGCGACUUUCCCCGAGCCGAAUGAAGCUCGCGAAGAUUGGAAACGGAUAAGCAUCGAGAAUGCCAAAGAAUUGCUCGAUGGUCUGCCUGUGGCCAACUGGGAUAAUGGUCCCAAAGACGUCCUCGCCCAUGCCACAUUCGUGACGAAAUAUGGGCUCUAUGAACGGCCGAUAUGCCCGUCAUGGCAUAAGGGUCGAAUCGUGCUGCUGGGUGAUGCUGCACAUCCGACUAGCCCGUUCCUUGGGCAGGGUGGUAAUCAGGCAAUGGAAGACUGCUACCAUUUCGUUCGACUCCUUUGCAAGGCUGCACCAUUCACCGACGAGAGCCUCGAAAGUGCUUUCAAAGAGUAUGAGAACAUUCGGAUUCCUAUCGUCACGAAAUCUGUCGCUCGGGCGAAAGUAGAGGGCCAGAAGCGUGUUCUAUCCGGCAAGGAGGCGUGCUUGCAACGUGACGAAAUCAUGUUGAAGGGGAAUGGGAUGGAUCCGCAGAGAGUUCAGUGGCAGAACGACCUCAUCCAGGGGCCUUUCAUGGGCGAAAGUGAAAUCUGAGCUUGAUGUGAGUUAUCAGAGAGAGGAUAUCUCUAACAGACAGCCACUACUCACUCCUUUGCACUGAAGUUGUUCAUAUCCCUCGCCGCUCAUUCUGUUUCUUAUACACCAAUAGACCAUUUAUUUGUGCAAGGUAGUUAUACAAUGACUAACUGAGUUGAUAUUGUU